CGACACUUUCUUCACAACCACAACACCGUACCUUGCGCAUAUACUUGGGCUCUGGUUCUGUCCCCGGGAUCAUAUCGCAAUGCCAGGCCUCGGCGGUUGUCCCGACGAAGUGCUCCAGCUCAUCUUCUUCGAGCUCGCCGAUCCCACCGCUUUUGCUGCCACCGCUCGUCGCUUCCAUUCCUUCUCGCAGGAGCCAUACGUCCGCGCCCAAUACUUUAUCACGCGGUACGGCCCACUCCAAGCACUCUAUUUUGCUCUGGGGCGAGGGCGGCUCUUGACUCGUAGGGUUCUGGAUAUAUUUCUGACCAGCGGAGUGCAUCUCUCGCGCUAUCUCGUCCAAGUGGCAUUCCACCACUACUUUCAUGCCCAUUCCCAUCCCAUCAAAUCGCCCACAUGGACGCGCAAAGUUCCACUCGACGUCUUCUCUUACUUUCUCGAGCUCGCUGCAGAAAAGUAUGGGGAUAUUCCUCGAGGCAAGGGUGAGGAUGACGGAUCGCUAUUUGCCACAUUUCUCAAAGAGGCCAAACUACCCCCCGAGUCACAAACUGUUACAUGGACGGAGAUUGCGGACAUAUUCCAAACAUAUCAUGCACGUCCUUCUCUUUUCUUCUGGACCCGCUACCACUCGCAUUGGCCGUUGAACCCCGCCUUCUCCCAUAUGCAGCUGCCAACGGGUUCUCUCUGGAUGACAAGGUAUGCCGUCGCUUCAUCGAAGGCGAAUCACAUGUCUCAUUCGGGCCAGUAUCGCGAUUUCGUCUUUCGGAAAAUGUUCGAGCGCCACUCGACCUCUGCACCAGGCCACGCGGACGAGAUCGUUGACCAUGUGCGGGAGCUGUGUAACGGUAACUCUACCAUGUACAUCACGCGGACAGUUGCAGCAGAAGUCUGUCUGGAGGCCAAGACGAAUGAUGCGGGUUACUUGGCGCUGAAGCGGCUUGACCAGACCGGAGAUCUCGCUUUCUCUCUGAGGGAUCUGGUAACAGAUAUUAUCAAGCUGUUCAUGGGGACCCGCGCCAUCACAACCACCCUUAAUUGUCAAAUCUUAACCCUGCUCUACCACGACUUCCUGGCCCCGAAGGCACCGGAAGAUUCCGUUGACGCGUCGGUUCGACGCGCUAUGUUCCUCACAAUUUUCGCUGCCGAUCCGCCCAUCGCGCCCCAACUGUUGUCGGAACGUCUGGAUGCUUUGAAGCUCGGCCCGUUCACGCUCAAGGACGCAUCCCUGGUUCUUCUGAGUGCUUUCGUUGAGAAGCCAGGACCAGUGAUGGACUACGUUCGCCGUCACGGGAUCAUCACUGAAGAUGGAGGUGCCACCACGCGCAAAGUGUCGCCGAAAGACCUGCAUCAGUUAGCUAGGGAUGUCGCGGUCCAAUGUCUGGUCUUCGAAAACAAGGGCAAGACUCUGAAACGGUUGUGUGCUAGCGUCCCAUCUGUCAAAACGGCCAUCGCUGAAGCAGUUCUCUUGGACCAUCGGAUCGCCGUAGAGACCAUACAGACCGGAGAAAGGGUCAAUGCUCGCUUGGCUCGGCUCAUCGGGGUCACCACUCUAGCCAUCGAUUCGGCCGAUCAGGAGUCCUCUCUUGCCGCCGCGGGGGCCGAUCUGGGCUUCAUCGGGCUGGACACGCUGACUACCAUGAUUCGCCGGGACGAGGCCCAGGGCAUCCGACGUCGAUAUCGCUGGUAUUACACAACGGCGGAAACAGCUCAUCCCGAACACCGACAGGUAUGGCAUCUCCUUAUUCAGUACUGUCUUGGAUAUCGAAGCCUCGCAGAUACGCUUUCUGUGGCACAGUGGAUCAAGACUGAAUUCGGCCAUCUAAGUCAUGUGACGGCAGUCUUCUUGCAGCAUGCUAUCAUUAAUUGCAACUCCAUUAUCCUGCUCAAAUAUCUUCGGGCAGACGUCACGGAUAAAACGGUCCCCGUCACACUGCAACAUUUUCGAAUCCUAGCAUCCACAGAGAAUUCCUAUCCGGACUUUUAUCUUUAUGAUCAGAUCAAACAAGGCGCUGCAUUCUAUGUAUCAGAGGCUGAAUAUCUAUCCGCGUCUGGCCUGAAAACAGAAUCCGACGCCUCGCUUCCCGCUGAAAACCGCAAGCGACCACGUAGAUCUGCGGCCACGGGCUCAUACGUCGUGCCAGACUCGGAUGACGAGAUGAUCGCUGAGGAUGUCGACGAUGCAUUCGCUGAAUAUCGCCGAAGUACGCACACCAAGAAGAGGGGCGUGUUGAGAGCGGACUCUCCUCUCCAAAUGUGGGUUGCAGCAUUGAGUGAGUUACAUAAAGCAGAGCAACAAAAGUUUCGGGAGAAGAAGCGGCGGAUGGAACAAGAGGCAGGGAAGAAGGUCCGAGCGAGCAAGAGCGAUUUCUUUCGGUCUCUGAGUACGAAUCUGAAAACACUGCGAGAACUGGAUGCCGAACAACAGCGCACACGAAUUUCGAAUGGAGAAAACAUCCAGGACAGUGAGGACGAUGACGAAGAUUGGGGACGAACGACUCGCAAGAGGCGCAAGAUUGCAUUUUGACAGACAUUCACGACAUAGCACUAAUACCUCUAUAAUACCUGCAUAAUUUUCCAAUUUGCUUAAAUAAGAAUCGAAGCAGUUGUUGACAUUACCGGUGGCGGUGCCACUGAUCGACAUUACUCAGUACUCAGCACUUGACCAUGUCGAAACGAAUAUCGGGUCUGCAAAAGGAAGUAUUUGCUUUGUACAGACGGACUUUGCGGAUACCGCUCACCAAGGCCCCAGCUACUCGGGCCAAGUGGGAUCUCAUGCUUCGUUACCGCUUUCGCCAGAACGCAGCCAGAACGUCCCCACGUUCAAUUGGCGUCAUCGAACAUCUCAUCCGCACAUUCCGACGACAGCUGGAUUUGUACGAGGACAAAUCGGUACGGGAUUGCAAGAUAACGGACGAAAUACGGAUGUGGGGAGAGGAACAUCCUGGUUGGCAGAGAAAAAGGUGAAGGAACGAAGUCCCGUCGACGAGAAUGGGAUUGCGCAUUAUCCACUAGUGUUCUAAGUAUAAUGUCAUGCUACCUGCAGGAUCCGUUCUCCAGCGACCUGCUGU